AUGACUGCAGCAUACGACACACACUGGUGGGCUGCACACCCAGCGGCGAUCGCAGUUCUCGUCCUCGUCCUCGUCGGCGUCGCUGGAACAUGUUUGUGGCUGCUCUAUCGCGAGUCACGGCAGCUCCCCGUCAACCCCUUCCGGCCACGAGUGGGUGGUGCACAUGCACGUGCACCGAUCGUUGGCGAUACCAAAGCGCCGGUCAAUGUCGACGAGGUCACCCUCGCCACACCGACUGUGGCCGGGGACGGCCCAGCGUCAUGGCGUGCCCAGGUCGGCAAGACUGGGACUGGGCUCGAAGUUGCGCACACUGCCUUGCUGAACCCCCCGCGCGUACUGGCCAGCAAGGACAAGUACACCACAACUGGUGUGAACGACGCCAGCCGGUCGUCGUCGUACGCCAGUCUGCCUUCUGCGAACGGCGCCGUCGCUCCCACCCCUGCGCCGCGCCGCCAUUCCCAGCCAGCCAAACCUGCCAGCAGUGUCUCCACCAACGACCCCGCCAACACCGAGACCCCACCACGCCGCUAUUCCCAGCCUGUCCGCAGGAAACCAGUCCCACCAGCAUUCCCAUUCGAGCAGCGCCCACCACCGCGCCCACAGUCGAUCCAGGUGCCAGCGGCCCAGACGGGUCGAAAUGACAACGUCAGUGUCUCGCGCCACUUUUCGGUUCCAGCCAUGCUCCCACCUGUGGCGUCGCCGCCACACACGCCGCACACGACAGCGGCAGCAGCGUGGGAUAACUGGGUGGUACCCCUGAGCCCACCGACGCCAGCCUUGCCAGCAGCAGCAGCAGCAGCAGCAGCCCAGCAGCACCAGCAGCAGCACUCGUAUCCACCGACGACGCCGCCGCUCUCAAUGACGCCGACUUCGCCGCUGUCCCUCGUCAUUGGCAAAGUGCCAAGCCAGCGUGCGAGCAUGCCAGUCCUGGGGGGUCACAAGAACGAUGCGUCCAUGAGCUCGUUUGGGUCGCUGGGGUCCAUUGGGUCGCUGGGGUCCAUUGGGUCGCUGGCGUUAGUGAGGUCGCUGGGAUCACCACUGCUCAACGGGACGCCGCAGCAUGCGAUGGCGGUGUUGCAGCAACAGCACGUACAGCGGUGGACGCCGCCGCCGCCGUCGUCUACCUCGUCGGUAUCGUCGCGCCGGGCCAACCGCUCCCACUCGGUGUCCUUGGCACCUGUCGCCAACCCGCGUCGCAACAGCCGCUCCCACUCACUCACCCUCACAUUACCGCCUGUGCCCAGCCUGCCCCACGCGCCGCAGACGUACAGGACCGAACGGAACCCGCUGGAAGACGAGCUGCGCGAUGUCCUCCCUCUGCUCAUGACGGGCGGCCACUACCACAGCACGCGGCCGAUGGGACUGGGUCUCGUUGGUGGCGGCGGUGGCGCCACGAAGCGCGUGUCCUUCUCCGACACGCCGAGCCUGAGCACCAGCACCAGCACGAGCGCACCCAGCUCCAACCCCAGCAGCAUGCCCAGCAGCACCACGCACAGCUCGGGGUCGGGAUCGGGAUCAGGAUCAGGCUCGGGCUCGUCCGGGGAGAGCGCUGGCACGCCGAGUCCGCCCAUGAAACACACAGAGUACACGCUGCCGACGAGCUAUACCACCUACAUGGACCCGGCCCGGCCGGCACAGGCGCACAUGUCCGCCCUCCGGCGAACGGCGGGUGGGUCCACGGCGGUGCUUCUCCAGAACCAGAGCCUGCCGCCGGGCGCCAAGGCCGCCGUGGCAAUGUCGGUGGGCACGCCGCACCCGUUCUUCGCUGGCCCCGCGCCAGGAGCGCCUGGAGCUCGCGGAGACCAGCGACAUGGGCCAGAAAGGCGGAGGGCCGAGGUACGUCGCAGCGCGCCGACCAGCGGUGUCUCCAAUGGCAGCGGCAACGGCGGGGGGAUCCUCAAGCCGUCCUCGUCCUCGAGCCACCUCGACCGGCCGGCUCUGGCGCUGCGCAAGAAUGUGACUGUGCCACAGGACCACCAUCGCCGGGGUGUGCGCCACAGCGCACCCAUCCCGCUCACCGUGGCCAACGUCCUCCCGAACGGCCUCGGCAUCGUGCCCGGCAUGUCCAUGUCGCUGCCGGCGGGGAUCCCCAACCCGGGCCCCAAUGGUGUGGUGUACAUUGGCGUCAUUGUGGAUGAUCCCCGACGCCACCCCGCGGAUGUCCCAGGGCGCCGUCAGAUGCAAUCGCCUCCACAGCUUCUGCCGUUGUUCCACACCCAGCAGCUGCUGCUGCAGCAGCAGCAGCAGCAUCCUCCUGUCAUGGCCAACGCGCACUCUCCGGCAAACCGCCAGUCCAUGCCAGUAUACUUGCGCUCGUCCGCCCAGUCGUCGCCGGGACCCGUACACGCGCCGCACGGGCACGAGCACGAACACCAGGCGGCGGCGCCAUACUACAUCCCGGCACUGCACUUCCCCACGCCGACACCGAGGCGGCUCGAGGACGAGCGGCUCAGUGUACGCUCCGUGCCGCGGUCGUUACCCAGGCCAGUGUCGCAGCCAUUGGCCCGGCCAGUGCACCCAUUUCCAGUGUCCGCCUACCCACCUCCUCCCACGUCGGCAUACCACGGAAACACUCAUGGCCGGCACAUGAGCCUGCCGCCGUCCGAGAGCGGGAGCGAGAGCGAGCGGCGCAUGAUGGCUGGGGUGUAUCUCCCCCGACCGGCGAGUGCGGACGUUGGUGACAAUGGGGACAUUGGGCUGGCAGUGUGA